AAAAAAUAAUAUAUGCAUGCGUUCAAGCGGCACGGCCAAUUGUCUCCAUCUUUCGCUUACGUGUGAACAGAAUCAGAAGACGAAAACAGGAUCAGUACAUUUAAUCCUUUAAUUCGUAAGUAUCGAUUAGAAAUUAAUUUCUAAUGUGAUAAUAUAUAAGCCAAUAACUAGUAACGCGUUCUUUGAUUAAUACUGAGUCUUCUGGCGUUGGACAUUACCCACUGGCAAAUUAGUGGAGAAAUGCCAUGACAUGCGUUGCACAUCUCCAAAAUUUAUCAUGCCUUUUGGGUACGUAAUUAGGUAAGAAAAAACCCCGGCAAAGUCAAACGUGGGUAAGGGUUAUACACACAUAUUCUACGAAAUGAUCUGGGACCAAAAUUGCGCUACUAGGUCAUUCUCCGCAAAUAAUUAUCUGCUUCUUGUAACAUAUCCUUCAAGGAAAAGCUAGCUGUAUUGUAUUGUAUUGUGAAUUUGAUAUUAUGGCAUGAGCAUGCACCCGUCGUUUCUUCAGAUCAAACGAGGAUAAGAGCUCAUAGCAGUUAUAGCGGUUGUUAUGGCGGUUAGUUCAACCUUAGAUGAAAAAAAUAAAUGCGCAGUGAUGACAAAGAGGGCUACCGAAGAAUAUGAUGGUGUAGAAUGCUUGACCGACGCGUAGCCGUGACCGCAUACUCAUCCUCUUUUAUAUAUAGCCUAUAUAGCUAAUUCAUGAUCAAAAAUGGUUGUCUUUCGAAAGUCUAAACCUUAAACCUUAAACUCUAAGUGCGAAAAGAGCAAUGGGAACACACGGUGUUUUAUAUUAUGCGAGUGCAUAUAGAGCCAAGAUUUAUGAUGCAGAGCGUUCCCUGCAUUGUGCUUUUUGCCCUUAGAGUUUAAGGUUCAAGAUUUAGAGUUUUGAUGAUCUGCUCAUAUUUUGUGAUUCUGUGCUGCUGAAUAUCAGACCUCGUCUAUAUAAAACAAUACUGAUAUUUUCGGCUAAACUGCAUUGAUCGGCUAAGGCAAAUAAUAUAAUUAGUCUUUUAUUAUAAAUGAUUUUGGAGUAGAUUUACACUUGAAUGCUUCCAUAGCCUAUCGAAAGGAAGAUGGCUGUGAAACUCAUUAGAAUAACAAUAUAACUCAUUAUAUAUGUUGGUCAACCUUUAUUCAUAAAUCACCGUCACGUGUGUAUUGUAUUUUGCCCAACUAACCAAUAGCAAUGUUUUAGGAAAUUCACCUAUCCGUGACUCGAACAAUAGGGAAACAGGAAGUUGCUUUUGGUGGAUUUGGUAAAAAUACAAUACACACGUGACUGUGAAAGGACCACUGGUUAUGAAUAAAGGUUGACAGACAUAGAUAAUGAGUUAAUGAGUUUCACAGCCAUCUUCCCUUCGAUAGGCUAUGAUGCUUCUAAGUACUGGUAUGAAGUUUUUUAGCGGACAAAAUAUCUGAAAUGUAUCAAUCGAGUUUAUGCGCUAUAAAUUGAUGUUAUGUGCUAUACAUUGAUGUUAUGUGCAAAUACAUCGAUGUCAUAAACCGAUACAACUAAAAGAUAAACCGAUACAACUAAAAGAUAAACCGAUACAAAUAAAAGAUGAGGAAACGGAAAUAAAUACCAAUAAAAGAUGAGGAAACGGAAGUAAACACUAAUAAAAGAUGAGGAAGCGGAAGUAAAUCGGAAAAACGGAAGUUGAGCGACGCAGCAAAAUUGCGCGUGCCAAGUAGUGGAGAAUACAUAUUGAAAAACAAGGGCAGAACUGCAGGCCAAACUAGGGCUAGGCAGAAGAGAGACAGCUAGGGCAGAAGACCAAAUGUUCAGGAUUUUGUUCAGUCAAUCUUAAGCGCGGUGACCAAUUUACAGCAUUCUUCGCAAACACGUGAAGAAAACGCAUCACAAGACACAAGGUGGUUCAGUGCAGCAGUUCACAUCGUUACCCGAAGAACUGAAUUCUCGUUUCCGAAUACCACGUACUCAGAAUUCGUAUGUACGGUGUGUACCAAAUAAUGCGCCUGUGCCGCAGCCAGCCUUUCAGGGAUACUGAAUUUUACACACAUGGCUAUCUCCUUCUCUCGCCUUAUAUAUUUUACAUGCCUCCAUACAAGCUUUUUAGUAGAGCGAGAUCAUACUCCUUGAGUAUGAUCAAAUUUUUUUACACCACAGGAUAUUUUACAGAUACAAUUUCACACACGCAUCUCCAAUUUUAUGUUCGUAAAGUCUACACUUACACUUAUAUUUCUUAGGUUUACAUUUAUACAUAUACAAGUGGGUUUUUUAUUUUUUAUUCUCAGGCUUAUCAAAUACAACAUUAUUUUCACAAGCAUAAAUUGUGCCACUGAACACGAGACCAUCACACUAACAUAUUUCACACUACAUUUUUGAUGUAACAUUUAGGGACUAUUGUGGCAUAAAUUUAUUACUAGGACACCAAUAUGGUUCUCUUUACCUAUAUCUAAACUUAAAAAGCAAUGUGGUUAACUGCUCUUCUGUGACUUGUAUUCUUGGCCUACCAACGAGCCCGUUUCUUUCCGCCGUACAAACCGCAGAUCGUAAGACUCUUCUAGUGAAAAGCGCUCUGACGUCCGUUCAUAAUUUUCAACAAUAACGUCGAAUUCAUUUCGUAAACUAUUUAAAUAAGUACAUAGUAUAUGUAGAUUGUUGAUUAAAAACUGCUCCGUUGUGUAUGAUUCGGUGAUUCUUGUUGUUAAAACACUCAAUCAUUGAGUCUCAAUGUGCGUUCAUACUCUUCUAAUCUACGACAAUAAAAGUCUGGCGAGUCACAACGAGUGCGACACUUUGUUCAGCAUUCUUAUUAAAUCAACCAAUUCACGAAAAACGUUUUCUGUAUUAGGAAGCCAAAUGUGUGGUCCAAGAGACGCCAUUGUUGUAUGUCGCCGCGUCGCUCAACUUCAGUUUUUCCGAUUUACUUCCGCUUUCUCAUCUUUUAUUGGUAUUUACUUCCGUUUCCUCAUCUUUUAUUGGUAUUUACUUCCGUUUCCUCAUCUUUUAUUUGUAUCGGUUUAUCUUUUAGUUGUAUCGGUUUAUCUUUUAUUUGUAUCGGUUCAUCUUUUAGUUGUAUCGGUUCAUCUUUUAGUUGUAUCGGUUUAUGACAUCGAUGUAUUUGCACAUAACAUCAAUGUAUAGCACAUAACAUCAAUUUAUAGCGCAUAAACUCGAUUGAUGCAUUUCAGAUAUUUUGUCCGCUAAAAAACUUCAUAUACUGGAGUGUUUUAUUAGAUUUAAAGACACGAGCGCGCAGCGCGAGUGGCUUUAGACCUAAUAAAACACGACCUGCGAGUUUAUUAAACGGCUUCAAACACGACUACAAAUUCAAUAGAUAUACCGCCUUAUUAGUAUUCUUUAUAUAAAAAACACUAAUGAGGACACAACAACAAUAGAUACGGCCUUAUUAGUAUUCUUUAUUUAAAGAAUAUUAAUUAGGAGUGUUUUAUCAGGUUUAAAGCCACUGCACGUGACAUAUUAUGGUUGACAUGAUUUGCCAAUAAGCUUAUGCAUGAAUUAUUAAUGAGUGUUUGAAGCACAGAUUAAUGCAUGUAAAGUUUCGACGAUUGCAAAUAGCUGUUUUGUAAUCAGCUCUAAUCUGUGAGGCAAGUGUGGCAUGUCAUUGUUGCAUGAGAUUGGGUUGCCGGUUAAUGCCUGAACUUCUAAUACAGACAGAUCGAAUUGAACUUCUAAUACAGACAGAUCGAUCAAGAACAAUACAUACGUUAUUUAAGUGGCAGCGUUCGGUUUCAUUGGUUUUAUUUAUGCCCAUUUACCGGAAAGAGGUAAUUCCAAACAUUCUAUUUUUAUAGAUAGAACUUUAAAUUUAAUAUGGGGUUAAACUUUAAAGAUAGAAGUUGUUAUUAACAACUGCGUAUGUUUUGUGACUCUGUGUUGUUAAAUAUCAGACCUCGUCUAAAGACUAUAUAAAGCAAUGCUGAUAUUUUCGGAUAAGUUGCAUUGGCUGGUUAAAGCACAUAUUGGUCUUUUAUUAUAAGUGAUUUUGGCGAAGAUUCACACUUGCUUUCAAGCACUGAUUACUAUACCUACUAGUAUACUUAUCAGUAGUAUAAAUGGUGAUUUGCUCCUUAAUUUGACGAUAUAUAAAAAACGGCCUCAUCUUUCCAAAUUAACAAUGCACUCCAGUUUAAAUACAAUCUCAUGAGCUCGUAACCCAUCGUAACUGACAGUAAGCUCAACACUAACUUAAUCGUUGUGACGUCAUAAUUGUAAAUAUGAAUAAAUCCUUGUUUCGGUCACAAAUAUGUAUCUUUGAUCUUGACCGUAAUCACAACCCAUCCCUAACCAUAGCUUUAUUGUGCGAGAAACAUGAGAAUCUAACCAUAAACUUUUUUUAAUCUUUCUAUCCUAUCGUUACUCUAAUAUCUGUGACAUCGGAACGACAAUAGUAUGGAAACUUUCACCCAUUUUUGGAACCUUUUCACUAUAGACCACUAUAUCAGACAAUAAUUAUUUUAAGACCACACAGGUUAUUCAAUGCUUAUAAUUACACAACAACGAUACACUGUAUGAUUAAAGACCACACAUAUACUUCAAACUAUCACACUAGACCACAAUUGUACAGUGAGUGCGGACUGUCCGGUAUGUACUAUUUAAAACGCGAGCAGGAGUGCUUUGUCAGAUAUAAAACACAUAUAGAUAGCGCAUCUCUUUUAGUAAAAUUGAAGCCAGGAAUAUUCCAGCGGUUACCCCCAUUUGAAUAAAUGGCGGCCAUGUUGGUGUUUCCCACUCGCUAAUAAACGCUUAAAAACAACAAUAACUUUCAUCAUUUGAAUAGUUUAAAAAUAUAUCUGGGUUAGGUUUACCUUAAUAUUUAUGUUCCGUGUUUAAGAAAUAGAAAACAUACGAAUCUCCUCAUUUCAUGGGAAUAUCAUGAGUCUGCAAUCACGGCUUCAAUUUUUGAAUUGUCGACUAAUUAGAUGCACUAUCUAUAGUGUAUAUAAGAUAUCUAUGCCUGUACAGGAUAAGCUAGUAAAAAAAACUGAUACCUUCGCGCUAAUUUGAAUAACAAAGGUGUCGGGGUUUUUUUACUCACCCUGUACAGUUGAGGACAUUGUUUUUAAUGUUUCGUUAUAAAAAAUAUUCAAUGCACAUACUUCAAUCCCAUGCACGAUCCUACUGACUUGCCCCUGAUUGCGUUGCAUGCUUAAACAAUGUGUAUGCACUGAGUAUAGUGUAGUAUGCUUUUUGGCAGCGAAAGUACAAUUAAUUAACCCAUGAAAUAGUACGCAAAGCAUCGUUCUUUUAAAACGCCAUUCUAAAAACAUAGUUGGCAGUUGCCGAACUGUUCAUUGCCAUGUCUCCGCGUGUCAAUUACCUUAUUGUCAAAUCAUAUUCAAACAAAAGGUCUACAACCUAAACCCCAUUUAAAUUAUAGCAAAGUGAAACUGAUGGACAAUAACUGAUUCGCUUUUAAUGCUUGAAAUGAACGCUUUCAGACGUUCAAAUACAAUGUUGAUUUUACUGCUAAGUGCUAAAUGAAAUAAGAAAAGACAAACGAAAAUAAGGCGAAGAGCACAAACGCAUAAAUUCGCUUUCUAAGCGUUAUAAUUAAAUUGUUUGUAAUAAACAAAUUCAGUAUAUAUAGUGUAAGACCAGCCAGAUUGAGAAAUCAACAGACGAGGCAUACAAUGAAAUACAAAAUAUACCAAAAGAACUGCAUCGUUACCGGCUUAUAUAAACUGACUAAUGAGAUUCCCCGCAUUUAUAGCAUCAUGCACGCAAAGCAUUCUGGUAGGCUAACAGCAAUGCAUUCUGGUCGGUUAACAACAGUUAUUCUGGUCGGAGAAACGGAAGUAAAAUCUUACUUUCAGAGCCCAAUACGAAUUCGAACUGCUGACUUGCUCGCUCGCUUCAGGCUCCUCGCUGCGUCAGCAAUAAUAUACAGUUUCAAAUAGCUAUUUUGUAAUCAGCUCUAAUCAUUAUACUGUAUGUGCGGUUGCGAUGGUGUUGCCGUUGGAAGUUAACGCCAUUGGUAGGCCUAAUUGCAAUUUAUUGCAACUAACGGGGAAAAUUUUUUGAUCAAUCCAGAAUAGUACAUAUACGUUAUUUAAGUGGCAGGGUUUGUGCGGGCUAUUUUUUAUUUCUUUAUUUUUUAAUUUAUGUCCAACGGCCCAAAGUGAUGUCAAAUUUGAUUGUUUAGCUAAUCACACAAAACGCAAAGAAACCACGCAAGAAACUACGUCAAAUGUUUAUCGAAAGUUGGUAAUUUGCUACAUUUUCAUGAUUUUGGGGCCAGUUGUUCAAAAGGUGUUUAACUUAAACGGCCUUUGGUCGCUAUUCGGCGUAUUAAUUCCUUAUUCGAUGGUUAGUUAUUAACCGGCCGAUAAAAAGAUUGCGUUGCACAAAGCCCGUUGAGUAAGACGUUUAACUAUCCGGUAGGAUAACCCUUAAUUUAACUGGAGAAAACCGAAUUUUCCUGAAAAUUCUUACCUCUACGUCAGCUGUUGCUAGGCAUUUGUGAACUUUUGAAGCUUAAUGUAACUUGUGAAGGCAUAUUCUAAAACCAGAAACGUCAAAACGAAACCGCCGGAACGAAACGACCGUAAUCACCGAAACGGCCAAAACAAAACGACCAAAACCACCAAAAAGUCGAAAACCCCGAAACGAAAACAAUUACGGAAAAAUUGGCUUCAGUUUAAGAUGUAUUUUAAUUAAGCGAAUGAGUUUUGUUAUUUGACACUAAUAAAUAUAGGCAUUAAUUAUUUAUUGUUGAGAAAGUGUGCGAAUUAUGCUGAUAUAUCGUUAUUUGAGAGUGUGGCUUAACAGCCACAAUGGUUAUGCCUGAUUUCUUACUCCAGAAACCACAUCCCAAAUCCAAGGCUAAAGAGCAUACUUUGUAUCUGAAUCGUAGACUCUGAAGGGUCGUGCUACCCAAAAACGCUUAGUCAAACAAUAUAAGCAGCGGUCCUAUACUGCGAGAGUUUUCGCAAAGUUGAUGAUGCAAGGUAAAGUAAGAGCAGCACUUCGGAUAAUAUCGGAAGACAAUGCAGGAUGUUUGACCUUAGAUAGCUGUGUUACCCCUGACAAUCCCAAGUCCUCUUAGAGAAGCAUCCAUCUAAUAUACCACUUGUUCAAUCGGCGAUACUAAAUGGGGAUUGCAACAUGGAACCACACUCAGUUAAUACAGAAUACGGCCAUUAAAACAGAAGGAGAUGCAUGGCCAUCUGCGUCUUGGCGACGAGUAUAUAUGUACAUCUUUUAAAUCAUGUUCAGUUGGUCUAUGUGUGACGGAGGUAUGCUAUGGAGUUGGUGUUGAACCAUGCAGGCCUACAACCUGUAACUGAUGGAGCGUUCUUAUACACAUCAGCAAAUAGAGAAGAUGGUGCUUGACUGGAUGUUGUAGCAGAAUGUUUCUGGGGGCGCGAUCGGCAGCGUGCAUUUUUUGACGUCAGGGUGUUCAACCCUUUCGCACCAAGCUAUCAGUCGAAACUCCUCCCUUGCACAAUGCUAUCGUAGGAAUGAACUGGAGAAAAGAAGAGCAUACGACGAAAGAAUUAGAGAAGUAGAACACGGGUCAUUUUCUUCGCUCGUCUUCUAGACAGCGGGUGGUAUGGGUGCCAUUGCAAACGUUGUCUACAAGAGAAUUGCAUCCUUGAUCGCUGAAAAACACGGCAAGCCAUAUUCAUAUAGAAACGUAAGACACUAAACUGGCUAAGGUGCCACCUUAGCUUUUCAUUGUUAAGAUCUGCGAUAAUGUGCUUACAAGGAUCCAGAUCUUCUCUUCACAAUCCAAUUAAUUCCUUUGGUGGGGAGAUUCAACUAGCCCUAGUUAAAGGACGGGUAUCUUGCUGAACAAAAUUUAAACUGUAUUUAUAUAGGAAUAUAUGAAUUCGUUGGAAAACAAAUAGUCAGAUGCAAUCCUGUUGAACAUUUUGUUGAGGGCAGAUAAUUUAGGAAAGUGAAUAUUUACGAGGCGUAGAAAAUCUGGUGGGAAAGUACAGUUCGCGCGCAAUCGAACAACGCCCGCCAUCAUACACGACAGAAGAACGCGAAAGCACCCAAGCGCGCAAACAAACAAAACCAAAAGGUUAAAUUUAGUCAACAGAACUUUAGUUGUCCGAAGAUUAUCUGUAAACUCAGGCAUGAAGUUCUGAGUAACAACGUUUGUUUUGUACUUUAUUUCGUAAAUAAAUCCAUGCGAUUUGACAUAAAAUUCGCAUGUGAAAUGAUAUGUUGGGGUGAGACGAGGUUGUGUAGCUAUGUGGGAAACGUUUAUUUAUUGAUGGAAAAUUGUGUGUGAAUCUUAAAUUAAUUCUUACUGACUAUUCAUGACGUUAUCAAUACUGAAUUAGACAGCUUUAGUAAACACAACGAUACGUCGACGAGACUGCUUCUAUUUCUGACCAAAAGACACAUUUUAAGAACAAAAACUGAAUUACAACAAGAUUUCAGAAUAAAAGAAGGACGGAUAUAGAAUAAUUAAAGCACUUAUAAACAAGUAAAUCGGAAUCGAUUUUAGUUGCCUUUUCACAAGAGUAGAACAAUAAACAGGAAAUAAAAAGACAUUUUUCGGCAUGCAAAAAGAACAAAAGGGACUGUCGUAAACACCAUUGAAUUUCACCAGUGUAUGUAAACUCUGAUAUGCCUAUUAAUAACAAACAGCUUAGAAAACAAACAGAUUAAUAACAAACAUCCUUCUGUCCGAAUGAUGCGAUAAAUUUCACUUGUUAAAAAACAACAAAAUAAUAAUAUACUCGUUUAUCUGACUUUUAGCCCUGUGCUUUCAGUUGUUUCUCGUAAUCAUCACAUUUGCUGGUCAAACAUGGCUGAAUCCAACACUGAACCAAUGUGGUCAUGGAGAAAAGUCUUAAUGUACUUGAUGUACUUCGUAAGUAUUAUAUUUAACUCCCAAUUCUAUUGCCGGCUUUAUAAUGGGAACUUCAAAUAAAUGCUCACCCUCAAACAUAGUCCCAUACUAAUAUUAUAUGCACCCCAGUAAUGUCAGAUUUUUGUAAUACUUUGUUAAAUUAAAUUUUGUAAUUCUUUGUUAAAUUAAAUUAAACACUUUGUAUCGAAAAUAAAACACAUAAAACCCAUUGUACAAAAGGCGUUCUUUGGUUCUGAUUCAUGCAGUGGCGGGACACUUCACAAAAUACAGUAUUGGUCAUAAUAGUCAUGUCAUGUAGUCAUGCAUGUAGUCAUAGUCAUAUUAGUCACGUAGUUAUAGUUACACAUAUAAUCAUAGUUAUAGUCAUGAAGAGCUAGGGCGAUCUAGGGGAGAGAGGGAAAUUCCAUAUGCAGACGAGCCCAAGCGAAGAUUAAAAUUAUCGUCACGAUAUUGCCUUAGAAAUGUUCGAAAUAAAUCUUGCUAAAUUUGUGCGUUUGUAAUACGAAUUAAAAUAGUUGAAAUAAUAGAUAUCUAUAUGUUUAUGUAAUACGACGCGGUUUCGCUACAUAGCAUUAUCCUAUUUCAAUCUGGUUGCAAUGCGUGUAUCACGCGUUGGUCACACCGUGAGUCACGCUCGUUAGACUUGAUUAAUCAGCGCGUGGCGGCAUCCGCUUUGACACAGAUUUUGCUGAGUCUUCUCCACAACUGAACGAGGGGUAAAUUACUCGGAAAAUUUUCGUGCACUUCAUCAAAAAUCAAAAAAAAUCUUUGGAAAAAUCCCAAAAUCUUACUAAAUCCCAGAAUCCCAAGAAAUCUCUAAAAAUUGCGAAAAAUACUUGGAAAAAAACGAAUUGAAAAUCCUCAAAAUUAUUGCAAUAUUGGGAAAUCCCAUCAAAUUUAAACAUUUAAAUCGUGAAUUGGCGUGAAAAUCCCCUUCGUUGAUUUAUUUAGUUUUAAAAGAAUUCGGAAAAAGUUCGGCGAAAAAAAAUAAGGGAAAAUAUUUCGAAAAAAUCAGCUGAAAAAAAUCCCAAAAUCCCUUAAAUUUGAGGGGGAAAAUCCCAGAAUCCCGAGGAAAAUUGCCGGGAUUUUCUAAUCCCAAAAAUCUUCGUACGCUUUUUUCAUAGUAAUUUACCCCUCGCAAAUGAAUAUUUAAAAAAUUGCUUAAUUAAUGAAAGUUUCAUUUUCAGCUUUUGUGUUUACGUACCUGUACUCGUUUAGUUUUUCGUUAACUAAUCUUUCCGUAAAUUUCCCCAAAAUUUGAGCUAUAAUUACUAGUUUUCACUCCAAAUAUUUGAGUUUUUUUCCUUUUUAAUUUUGUGUUAUAUUUAACAACAAGACGCUUGCUCAGGCGUUCACACUGGCCUGAAAAUAACGAGAUACGUGUUAUGGUGCAAAAGGCAGGAAUACAAGUCUUAAACCGCAAGCAAAUUUUAUGUUUUUGCAAAUCUUAAACCGCAAGCAAUUUUUAAUUUUUAAAAAAAUAAAAGACCUUUUCGGGAGACGUAAUGGAGAUCGAUGCACGUGCAAAUCAUGCCGACCUACAGAAUCGAUUUCCGGUUUUUCCAAACAGCGCGUUGUUUUCAUGUGCGUUCCAUGGGCCGCGCUAAAAAUAUAAAUAUUCUGUAAAUACCGAAAUAAAAGAUGAAAAUCUCAAGACACCAGCUUGAAAAUAACACUAUAAAUAGUGUUUUCGAUUCUGGUUCCAAUAACAUUAUCACGAAAAAGAUAUGUCCAAAGGGGCCGAAGUUAUGUUCGGCAAAAUGUAUGGCUAGUUUACAUUGUUUGUUGUAUUAUGAAAUAUGAUACCAUACUUGUAUUAAAAUUCGCGUCGAACUAAUGUUAUUGUAAAUGAGUAGACUGUCACAACUCGACCUCGAACGAAAUGCGUUUCUUCGAGGUCGACUUGUGGCAAGUCUAGCAAAUGAGAACCAUGCAAAUGAUACAAUAAUGGUUCUAGUUCUUGUUGGUAUUUUGAACGCACGCUUUAUCUUUAGUAUAGCUACCACAAAGCUUUUCGCGCGGAUUAUAUUUCGUGGAGUACUAAAUAUUAUAUUUUGUGGUUUUCGAGUCAUUACACAAAGAAAAACACAUUAAUUCAACACGCAAGAAAGUCCAGAGUACGACACAAUGUAAAAUACAUAGGAAACCGGCACGAUUCUUUGAAAAUUCAACGAAACUGUGUAAAAUAUAGUUUGAUCACUCUGUGCGCGUGCGUACAAGUGUAUAGGCUAAUAAACGAAAAAUGUACCACAAGCAUGGCAUGAGUCGGCUAUUACGUACAUAUAUACGAGCUUAUUACUAUAUUAUCUAAAUCAUGGAACCGAGGGAAUCGAUGGCAUUUUGGCUUAAUCGUUGCACCCUGAGCCUGCGAUAAGCUAACGCAAACUCGAUUUCUCGACUACGAAAAAAAACAAAGAAAAAGGGGGAUUUAAGACACUUGGCCUUACAGGCCAGUGUAACUAUAAAACAUUUUGGAAAACGAAGGGCGGAGUGUUUUCACACAAUUUCGAGUUUUUCCCAUUUCCACGAGUGUUGAUAUAACUAUAUAUCAAUACGGAAAAAAUGUUUUAUAUUUGUUUUAUAAUAUAGCACAAAGAAAUAGAAAGAAAGAAAUUUUCCCACGUUUCCGUGUUGACAUUGAGUUAUAUCAACACUGCUCUUAGCCAAUCAGCGUUCAGAAUUUACAAAUGCUAUAUUAUAACUACAUUCAUUAAAAUACAUUACAUUUCAAUGUUCAAGCAUGCGUUGUUGCAUUAAUUUUAUAAAUAUAUUUAUUAACUGUUCUAAUACUGUUUGAUUAAGUUGUUUUUUCUUCCUAUCCAAUUCAGGUUUUGCCGACUGGGAUAAAUUAAUAAUUUGUCGACUACCUGACGACUGAGCAGAGGGUGUCCCCCCCCUUACACAUCCUCCUCUAGCGCCGCCCAUGUCACCCGGCCCCCGUUAAGUACUGUAUCAAAAGUGUAAUAACCACCCCCACGGGCCGGUUGUAUAAAAACGUAGUUAGCGCUAACUGCAGUUAAAAAGUAGUUAAAAAGCCUUAAAAAAUAGUUAACUUUAAUCAGUGCACGUAGUUAAGCCGGUUGUAUAAAAGUGUAGUUAGCCCUUAUAACUGCAGUUAAAAAGUAGUUAAAGUUAACUAUGCUUUAGGGUAUAGUUCACUGUCCAAAACGUAGUUAAAAAUGGCGUUUGUAUAGGAGUGAACAACAUUUUUCAGUAAACAAUAAUGAAAAGCAACGGUUACAUGAUAUUUUCAAUCGCUAUCUUCCCUGUGAAUGUUUCCUGACAAUGUAAACUCUUCAGACGCUAUCGCUUUGGUGUUUUUACGAAAACAGAACAUAUUUUUGCACAGGACGAUUUCUCAAAGACGAACUAUGGUCCAUUACACCAAGAAACACUGAUUACUGAAACACUGUAAUUGCCAAGCAGCUAGACCUUCGUUUAACGUAGACAUCUCAAUUAAGGAAAAACUGCAUUCUUUUAUGAUUUUUGUGGCGGUUUUUCCUUGUUUUCUUGUUUAUUUUUCACAGUUUUCUAGUGUUUUGAAUAAAAUUCCCGCCUAUUUGCAAAAUGCGAGUCCACAAUCAUGGUGAAAAUGUGUGUCAGCGGUCGUUACUCGCUGCUUACUUUAUGUAAUUUUGGGUUUAAACGCCCCACGCACAGUUAACUACGUGAUUAGUUAACUAUCCGACUAACUACGUUUUGUGCAACGCAGUUAAGUCAUGUAGUUAACUAUAAUUACAGUUAAGGAUUUAAAUACAGUGAUUAACGCUAACUACAGUUAGCGCUAAUUACGUUUUUAUACAACCGGCCCCUGGUGUUAAUAUUAAUCGUUUACGCUUUACAGUAUUUUUACAGAGAAUGUCAAAUAUAACACUAUAAUACACAUUAAUUAAAUUAUUUUUCUUAGACUUUGAUCGUUACAGCAUUUUUACCCUUCACUCUAAAUGAUGCAGAGAAAAAUGAUGAUGCCUUCCCCGGAUGUUGCACUGUAUGUAGACCUUGGUGUUCCUGCUGCUAUGCCUAGACUUUAAUUACGACUUUAUAACACAGUACGUUUUAAAUAUAUUUGAUGUGUAACUACCUAGCUUUUAUAAUGAUUAACUUUUAUAACUUGUUGUCAGUAUACUAAAUACAUGGGAUUAAAUAUUCUUGAAAUCUUUAUUGAAAAUUAACUCUAGAUUCGAAGGGAUAUAUAUAGCAAUAAAAAUUUACUUCGU